GUUCGCACGUUUUCGUAGCAUGUCAAAAAGUGUCGCCGAACAAUAUCAAAUCAAAAAGAAGCGCAGAAAACAUAUAACAAAAACAAGAACAACAGCAGACGACAAUUGCAACCGCCACCACCACCACCAACUAAACAAUAAGAAUAACAACAACAACAACAACAACAUCUGCUACAAGUACAAAAAUCAAAUAAUAAAUUAUAAAAAAUUCAAACGAGACGAAAAUUACUUCGCUCACAUCGAGCGUCGCAUACGUGACCGCGGGCAGAUAGCCAAAGGCAUAAAACCAACAACAAGGGCUGCAAUAGGAACAAAAAUAACAACAACUACAACACCAACAACAGCAGCAGCACUGGUAACCAUGCCGCUCUCUCGGGGCUACUAUGUGAAGCCCUCGCUGGCGACCAAGCGGGGCGGCCUCAAGCCUUUGAAACUGGGCGAGGCGAAGCGCAGCAAGUCGCAUACGCAGGAGAACGAUGAGAUAUUGGGGCUGACACAAAGCUCGAUGCUGCAACACGACAGCUAUAAUCAGCGACCGAAGAAUUCGUUGCAUCUCACAUACCUCCUGGGCGAAUCGCUUGCCAAGAAGGGCCGUCUGCCCUCCGCCUUCAAUGUCUACGAAAACAUUGCCAGUCGCCAGCUGGAUGGCUACGUCCCGCUCGAUAAGCUGGGCGUGCUGGCCCAUGCGGUCACCGCCCACAUCCGUCAGCUGGCAGGACACGAGGCCGCAGCGAAGGCACGCUGCCAGAGCACACGCCAGCAUUUGGACAACUGGACGGCGCAGACGUUGGACCUGAGUCAGCACAAGGAGCUGCAAAUGGAGCUGGACAGCCGAGAGCUGCGCGUCUCGAGUCCUGCACACUGCGAGGACUACGAUCCGCUGCACUGUCCGCUCUGUCGCGACACCCUCCGCUGUCCCGUCACCACCAACUGUGGCCACACCUUCUGUCGACAAUGCUGCGAAACCAUAACCAUGUGCAACAUCUGCCACGUGAAGUUCCCGCGCAGUGCCGACCCACAAAUGGGCGUGGCGAGCAUGGGCGGUGGUGCGUUGACCACAACCACCAGCAGUAGCACCACAGCCUCGCCAGCGAGUCGCUUCUUUGCGGGAUUGGGCAAUUCGAGUGCUUUGAGUGUGCCGUCCACAGCGAGUUUUCCUGGCAACUUCGGGCUGCGUUCGCCCGUCCCUGCGCCCACCACAGUCACCACCACCACAGUGGCCUCCACCACGGCCACAGCGACCACCACAAUGGCCUCCACAUCCGCGGCAGCAGCAGCAGGCCUGGGCUAUGUGGCCGCCUUGGGAUCGCCUUCCCUCGGACGAACCGCCAAUGCCAUGAAAUUCAUGCCCGACGUCCUCAUCCGACGUCUGGUGGAGAAGUGGUGGGGCGCCGACUUGCAGGCCAAGAAGAUUAACGAGAAGGCCAGCAGCUGCAUGCAUUUAAAUUUACUCGACGAUGCCCUCAAGUUCUGCAAUGCCAGUCUGGAGAAAGCGCCCACGAACUUUAAGAGUCUUUGCCUACGUGCCGAGGUGCUGCUAAAGUUAAGUCACUUCCAAAGCUCUUUGGCGGACAUUGAGAAUGCGCUGAAGACGCGCUGCACAUCGCCCAAGGCACACUAUUUGCGAGCCUUGGCUUUGAGCGGGCUGGGCCGACUGGAGGAGGCGCUCUAUAAUGGAUUUCUGGCCAUUUGUCUCGACAAAACAACAAAUCUCAGCAGCUCGGAAUUAUUUCAACAUGAUCUCGCCAAGAUCUUGCAACGACUCUUGGCACAAACGCCCAAAAGUAAAGCGGAUGCGUCCGCGCAGCCCCAAUCCCGCAGCUACGGCACAAAAAUGCCGUAUGCGGCCUUUUGGGAGCUGCACAUGCGCAAGAAGCAGCACGGGGUGAUGGACAUCGAUGUGGAGGAUGAAUUCGGUAUUAGCUUUGAUAAGCCGUACGAUGAUAACUAUAUCAUGGCCGAUGAGGAGAGCGGCCCCCUGCAUAUGGAUGGUGAUUUCCUGUUCUCCAGCGCCCUCGACUUCAUGGACCAGCACAACGGCUAUGAUCUGCACAACGCCAAAGAGUUUGACUUGCAGGCGCGGCGGCAUGCAACGCGCAAGCAUUGCCGACGAAAAUGGCCGCAAAUCAACGCCGAGCAGCUGCUGCCCGCCAUGGAGUCACAGCAGAGCCGGCGAUGCAGUCGACUGUUUGGCGUAGUUUUGGAGCGGAUACAGCAGGAGCUGCAGAGACUGAAAAAGCUCGAAUCCUCAAAGGAUGCGCCGCACAAGCAGCUGACUUCCGUGCAGGGCCAGCAGAUCGAUGCGAGCGACUUCGACUGCGUGCUGUGCUGUCGGACGCUGUGGAAGCCGGUGGUGACGCCCUGCGGACACACCUACUGUCUGGUAUGCUUGGAUCGUUGCAUGGAUUACAACUCCUCGUGUCCAUUGUGCAUGUCACCACUUGUGGAACUAAAUGUCAAUAAUAAUCUGUAUCAGGGCUCAUCCUCGCCAGUACCCUUUGCGCUGGCCAAGCGGCCAGUUACGAAAUUCCUAGAAGCCGCAAUGAAACGAUUCAUUCCAGACCACUACGAGGCGCGCUUUCGUCAGGAAAUCGAUCAGGAGCCCUCAGUUCCUGUCUUCAUAUGCACCGCCGCCUUCCCCUCGGUGCCAUGCCCCCUCUUUGUCUACGAUCCGCGCUACCGCCUAAUGGUGCGACGUGCCGUCGAAUCGGGUGAGAAAACCUUCGGCAUUGUCCAGCCGCACGGCGGCAAGUCGCGUUACUACGAUGUGGGCACCAUACUGGACAUACGGGACUGUGUCCUGCUCGGCGACGGCUGCUCCAUACUGAGCACCAUUGGCUGCAAGCGCUUCAAGAUAUUGGCGCGCAGCGAAAAGGACGGCUACGAGACGGCCAAGGUGGAGUACAUCUGUGAUGAGCCCAUAGCCCCAGAGCAGGUGAAGGCAGUCGCCUCCAUGCACGCCCAGGUGCUCUGCAAGGCCAGCGGCUGGUUCGAGAGUCUCAGCACCGAGCAGAAGCACGAGAUAUUGCAGAGCUAUGGCGAGAUGCCGCCCCUUGAGCCCAACUGGGAGCUCAUCACAGACGGACCGGCCUGGGCCUGGUGGAUCAUAGCGCUGCUGCCCCUCUCGCAGCAACUGAAGGUGGACAUUCUAGCCACCACCUCGCUGGAGAAGCGUCUGCGCGCCAUAGACAAGACUCUGGACUGGCUGGAGCUGAGUCAGCAACAGCACCAGCAACAGACGCCCCAAUCGCCGCAGCAGCAGCCCCACGAUCUGUCCCUCGACUGUGAGGAGCAGCGUGUGGCGGUGGAGGGCAUCGAGUCCGGUGCUGCGGCGGGCGUCGACGAAUGCUGUCUCUAUGCCGAUGCCAGCGAGCCGCACACCGACGAGGAGCUGCUCCUGUAGUUACCCCACACACUACUCUAGCUUAGCUGUAGUCCUACUAUUACCUAGUACUAUGAUACUGUAUCUACUGUAAUCUACUGUAUCUGUAGCAUCGGUGUGUUAUAUAGUAUAUACUAAACAUGCAUACUGCAUACAUACAUACGCA